AUGUCAGAUUAUAAUAGAGGAAUAUCACUUCCGAUAGUUACCAAUCAACGAUUGAGUACUAUUGAAUAUCUUUCCAUUGAUCAUUCUUGGACUUACAAUGAACUUUUUUCUAUUAUGUCUUAUACAUCUCAACUUCGUCGUCUACAUCUCUUUAAUGCAUAUGAUUUUCGUACAAAUAUUCAAUCUAUAUUGCCAAUCACAUUAUCAAAAUUAACAGAUAUUUCGAUACCUAUGAAUCGUUUAAAAUUUCAUGAAUUUGAAAUAAUCAUUAGAAAAAUAGACGUCAAAUUAAAAGUUUUACGUGUUAAAGUUCAAUCUCAAGAUAUAACUUUUCUUGUUGCUCAUCGAUGGGAAAAAUUAAUUUUAGAAUCUUUACCUCAUUUGGAAGAAUUCUAUUUACAAUAUAUUGAAAAUUUUAAUAGAGAAUAUCAUUAUCCUGGAGUGCCAGAUCAAUUCAUUUCAUCGUUUUGGAUUAAACGACAAUGGACAUUUGAAGUUGAAAUCGAUCAUGAAUCUAUCAAUUAUUUUGUUCGUCCAUACAAGUACAUAUUGACAAUAUCUUUUUUUAGUGAAAUAGAUUAUUUUUUUGUUUAUUCUAUUAGAAAAAGAUGGUAUGAAUAUACACAAGAGAAGAUUUUAAAUUCUUCUGUUGAAUAUUCUAAAUCUACUCGACUAAUUGUCACGUUUGUUGAUAACGAUGAUUUUGAGGAGCCUAUGACGAUAGAUACUACACACAUUUUGACUGUAGCACAAAUUUAUCAUUUGGAAAUUUCAGAAGAAAACGUCCAUGUUGCUGCAUUAAUUGAAGCUGUAAGUUUAUUACCAGAACUUACUACAUUAAAAAUUCAUUCUUUAUCAUUACGUGGAUCGAGAAUGUUAAAUUCUGAAGAACUUCUUACUUUGGCUUCAAUGGAAGAUAGAAGCAAAAUUAUAAAAGUAUACCUUGAGAUGAUGAAUGAUAUUGAAGAAUUUUAUUUUCUUUUGAAAUUAUGUCCUUAUAUGGAAUAUCUAAAAGUGAAUUCUAUAAAACGUAUGGAUUUUAAAUUUGUUCUACGAUAUAUUUUCAAAAAAAUAAAAGAUGAUUGUAAUGACCAUCUUUGUUUAUUGUGUUUUCGUAUUCCAAUAGCAAAUGAUGAAAUAAUUAAAAAAAUUAAAAAGAAUGAUUCAUUUUGA